UCCCACAGAGACCCCGUGUCGUCAUGUAUUCUGCAAAAAGUGCAUAAGUGUCUGGUUGCGAGACCAGAAUACCUGUCCUCACUGCCGAGGUCUGGUAUUCAGAUGCGAGAUCAAACCUGUAGUACCAAUAAUACAGAACAUGAUAUGUAAACUACUCAUCAAGUGUGAUAAUUUCGAGAAAGGAUGCAAGGAACUACUACGGAUUGAGGUUCAUGAGGCUCAUAUGAAAACCUGUCUUUAUGAAAAAAUAACAUGUGAAAACAAUGGCUGCUUUGAAUCCCACCUGCAAAUGUCUAUGGCGAGCCACAAGAGGGAAUGCUGUUAUAGAGUUGUUUCAUGUCAAAAGGGAUGUGAUCUGACCAUUCCAUUCAAUGCACUAGAAGAACAUGAUUGUAUAGAAGAACUAAAAAAGAAAGUGAAAGAACAAGAGGAGAUCAUCAAGGCUCUUGCAGGUUCUCCUGUAUCAGAUAGUAGGAGAAACUCUCUGGUUGGCACGCCUUACUCCACGCGAGGCCAUUCUGACAUUGACGCUCUUCUUAACACUACAAAUGAGACAGAGCAUACCUUCUCAGAUGGUGACAGCAUCAGAGAUGUAUUUCACACCACGGAUGAGGAAGAGAGUGGGGAAUGUACCCCAGCAUAUGAGCGUACGCCGAGACGGUCACAGCGUAACGAGACCGGCUUCCACAUGAGGCUGCGUAACCGUGACGACCGGUCGGACGCGAGGACGCCUUCGUUCGUCAGCGAUGCUGAGGACGGUGGCGCCCUCAACAUGUCCCGGCACCUGUCGCCGGACACGACGGUCGGUGGUGCGGGCGAGGCGAGGCAGGGCGACUGGUGGGUGUUCAGCUCGACGUCGCGCGAGCCGCGGCGUCUCUCCACGCAGGAUCGCCCGGACGCCGGCUGGCUGUACUACCAGCAUCGAUCACACUCUACACCUCCGCCCAUGGCGACCUCCAACCACGCGGAGACGAUCAGAAGGAGUGAGCAUAGGUCAGACAGCGACUUUGACGACUCGCCCCGAACCGACUCAGCGAGUGGUGGACUCGCCGGCGAAAACCGGGCGCCGCCUGGCACCCACGCCGGUGCUGCUCGCUGCAGGAAUCGGCGGUUAUCGGGCGACACGUCCGUCGUCGCGGCGACCUCUGCUGCCGUUGUCCGCAGCGACACGGACGAUGUUGCGAUGCGUGACAGCGACGUGGUGACGACGGUGGAGGAUGUGCUGAACACGUCAGGCCACCUCCACCAGCGACUGAUCGCUGUCUAUCAGAACCUGAACAGGUGCAGCAGUAAGUUCAUGCAGCUGCGAACGAUGAUUGGUAGUGGCGUGGGAGGAGCAGACGGCAACGAUGAUGGCACGAUCACAGAGACGCUGCACGUGACAACGGGAGUGGGUGAAGGGAGCGGAGCAGCGGCGGGCAACGAUGGAAAGGGUGGUGGAGAAACGAGUCGAAAUGUGACAUGCACUAGGGAAAAUACGCUGUGUCACGAAGGUGAUACGACACCAGACUGUGACAAUUCAGCUUCGAGUUUGACAACUCUUGAUCGUGGUGGCCCAGCUUUAGGAGAUACAGUAACUAGGGAGUGGUGUCGUCCAGCAUGUUACACUACCAGCCCAAACACUACUUCUGGCAUUCUAGUUCCAGCAAGUCCGAUAUAUGUCUCAAUCGAAAAUUCAGAAAGUCCACUUUAUUCACAAACAAGUCCACGUUAUCAACCAACAAGUCCACGUUAUCAACCAACAAGUCCACGUUAUCAACCAACAAGUCCAAGUUAUCAACCAACAAGUCCAAGUUAUCAACCAACAAGUCAACGUUAUCAACCAACAAGUCUACGUUAUCAACCAAUAACUCCACGUUGUGACCAAUCGAUCCUGGAAAGCCCAGUGCAUAGCACCACGGCCGUAGCGAGACCGAGCCAUAGCCGCGCAUACAUAAACAGUCCAUUACAUAGCCAAGCAACGAUAGCAAGCCCAGUAAGUAAACCUAUAUCGUUCGUGAGCCCAAUACAUAUCCCCACAAACAUAGAAAGUUCACUGCGUGAUCAUACGUACAAAAAAAACCCAACUUAUUCCACUAUGCACCUAAGGUAUGGGCCAAUAAACUUACCUAUUACGUGCCCAAAGGGACCAAAGUAUGAGCCCUCUGUGCCGACAGGUGCGUGCCACAGUAGGUUGAAUCGCCAAUGCGAUGCAAGUCCAUCUCAAGGUUACGCUAGUCUAGAUCUUUAUCGAUCAAGUAGAAUGCCUGUUGUGACUGCUCCAAGCUGUGAUACGUCGGCACGGGAUGACGUUCUGAACGAUGCUAAAGGACGCGUGCACGAACACGCGGGACAUUCUAGCCAUCUAGUAGGUAGGCAUGACUCUCCUAGAAAAUCUCCUUCCCCUCGUCUAGUCGCCAAAAAUGAGCACGUGGACUCGUCAAAGCCUGAUGCUUUGGAGAGGCUGUGGGAGCGACUAAUAGCAACAGCAACCUUGGCCGAGCAGCAGCAAACGAGUGUGCUUCCUGAUUGCAACGCACUGCACAGCUACAGUGACGCGGGAUUGAGCAAAUCCGUAGCAACAAAGCACAAGUGCAGCUUUCGUGCGCAGUUCGAGGGGGCGCCACCAGUAGAAGGUGAUCCACCAGGAGUCGCCACUUCUACGGCGACGCGCGUGAAUGCGAUACGCUCGACUGCAUCCUCUACUGAUGAGGUCGCUUCAUUCGAGGUCGUCGGCUUGCACAGGUCGCCUUUGCGUACCUCUCCGGACACGGUCGAGACUAUACAGCUGUCGUCCAGCAGCAGUGGAGCGAGCUGCCAAUCACGCGCUUCCCUGCGAGACGCGUGCGAUGACGAUUCGCUCUGCUGUAGCCGGCGGUCGCGCGACCCCCUCAGCUCUCUCAGUUCGGAUGAAUCCAUCGAGCUCGCGAAUCGCGAGUCGCUCGGGGUGACAAUCGAGCGUCUGUCGCACUGUGACAGAGCACGGCGACACUAUUCCUCGGCUGCGCAUGACCGCGAGCCAAACCUUUCCGAAUCGGACGUUGACUCCUGCGAUGAAACCGCGUCAAAGCAUCCGCGUGUGAGCGCCGCCGGCAGCAGACGUAAGAGAAAGAAGUCUCCAGGUGGUGAGACUGCUAGCAUCGAGUCUUCAUCUCGCGCGUCCUCAUGCGAGACGUCUAGCCCCGACCAUUCUGUAAGCUCUCGUACCUCGUUCACAAACUCUGUUGAUUUAUCCAGUGACUCAUCUGAGCAGAGCCGGUCAGGUGCGGCGAACACCGAGAACCGUACUCACAAACCUGUGCGAUUCGAAUUGAGAGAUGUUUUGAGGUCGGGCUUCAAUUCUGUUGCAUCGGUGUGUUCCCCUCGACGAAACCAAGCAUCUAAUAUAGACAGCCGCGGCACGGCGAACAGUGGCAGGGUUGGUCGUAACUUGGGACACCAGCGGGUGGGUGUUGACGUGAAGUCACCUGCGAACGCGCCGAGUUCGCAGCUGCGCGACGACAGAGACUGCGACACCUUCUCGACCACAACCAUCAGCAGCGACAGCGACGUACAGUUUGUCGUGGAGGUGAGUAAGGAGGAUAAGAUCUCCACGGUCGACCUCAGCGACGACGACACCAAGGCCCCCCUGCCCGCCAUGACGUCGUCGCCACGCAAGCGCCACCUGGAGCCGUGGAGCACGUGGAAAGAAAAGAAGCGUUGCAUCGACGCCGGCGGGCUCGCUCGCAAACACGCGCCGUCCACGUCGGCCGCGCCGGGCGGGAAGCCGACAACGCUUGCCGCGCCGCGUGCACCUCUCCCCACGCCGAGCAUUGACAGUGCGGACCAGUCGGUCGGCGAUGCUAAGAGAGGCGCCACCUGCAGGUGCAGCGGUGAGUGUCUCUGCAGUACGGACGGUGUCGAAGCGGCCGUGAGAGGCCUGCUGGGGGUGCAGCGGGAGUGCGGCAUGCGCGUGCUGCCGCGCUGGGUGGAGCAGGUCGGCGCCCCGGCCAGCCGUCAAUACAGCAGCGACUCCUCCUGGAGCCCUGGCCACGACUCCCCCUCCGCAUCCUCAUCUUCCUCAGCCUCCCCAGCCUCCUCGCCCGAUGAUGACGACAGCUUGAGCGCGCUCGAUUAUGAGGUCCUGCUCGACUGUGACUCGCGAGACAGCGACUCGAGACACGGCGACUCAAGAGAGGGCGAUUCGCGAGAUGGCGAGCAUGAGCUGAGGCUUCCCCCGUCGACGGCCGAUCUGCUGCAGUGCUACCGCUCGGACGAGUCCGACGCCAGCUGGUCGCCGUCCAGCGACUCGGACGACGACUAGCCGCCCAGCGACGCGAACGACGACUAGCCGCCCAGCGACGCGGACGACGACUAGCCAUUCAGCGACGCGGAC